AAAACUGCUCUAGAAAUAACUUAUUUCCCAAAUAACAAUUUUUUUAAAAACACUUGAAAAGCUUUAGUUGUCCAUGCCUUGAGUUUCACACAAAUUCAGUGUAAAUAAAAACAUCUUAGUGAAAACACAACAUUUAAACAUCAAAAUUUUUGAAACACAACACCUUGAAAUUCAUCUUUUGGCACUCGAAUUACCUAAAAUUUGCCAUGGAUGACUUUGAUUUCAGCACCCCACCACCGGAGGCACGAACAAUUCACACCCACACGCUGAAUGAAGAGCAGCAGAAAGAUUGUGAGGCAGCCUUUGCCCUUUUCGACGAUGACAAUACCAAGGUCAUUCCGAUCAAGUUACUAAGGGAUUGCCUGCGAGCCGUGGCCCACACGCCGCCGGAGAACGAGUUACAGGAUUACAUCACCGAAAUAGAUACGGAUGGAUCUGGGGAACUGUAUCUCAGCGAUUUCCUAUACAUCAUGUCCAAACGGUACGAGAAUUCAACUGUCGAAGAUGAGGUUAUUCUGGCUUUCAAAGUCUUCGACAAAGAUGGAUCGGGCUUUAUCCACGAGAACGAGUUCCGUCAGAUAAUGACGAACUAUGGCGAAGAAAUGGAAGAGGAUGAGAUCGAGGAAAUGAUACGUGAUGCCGACGCCAACACGGAACUCAAAAUCGACUACGUUCGCUUUGUGAACAUGAUGAUGGAGACAUAACACUCUCUUAGCAUAUUCUACGAUAAGGUAUCUAAAGGCAUCUGGAAAUAACUUGAACGAUUUCAUCAAGGAUCAAAAACAACAAUUCAUCUGGACUGUUCUUUAUAGCGUAGUGCAAGAAAAUAAAAUCAAAUGUACAAUAAA